CCACCGCACCCUUCUUCCUCCCAACUACCUAACCCUUCUUCACUUCGUCGUCGUCAUUCCUCUUCCUCGCACCCGUUCCACACCAUCCCCUCCUCCUUGUCGUCGCCACACCCCAAUCCUCCUUGCCGUCGAGCACCGCCGCAACGCAAUCCUCCUCCUCUUGCUCCUUUUCCCUUCCCUUGUUUAUUCUCUUUUGCAGGUCGGAUUCUCCACAACAGAGGAGCGGCCAGCUGGGGGACUGCGAGAGAGAAUGAAGGUCGACUAGUCGAGGCUCCCUAAGGGUUUCCGAUGCUCUCCUUCUCCUUCUCGCCUUCUCCCCAAGAACGACGCCACACAGGGGAAAAACGGGGCACAGAAGAUGCAACCCGCUGACUCGGACUGACGGGCUAACCGCAGUUGGAGGAGAGAUUCGUUAGAUUUGCGACGAUAUGGAGACUUCGAGGCGAAAUCCCUCAAAUGGGCGGCGAUCUGGAGGCUUGGAGGCGACUCCAAUCUCUGUCCUCUUCUUUAAAGAUUCAUCGCACCGACUUCUGCCGCGAUCGAUGUCCCGAUUUCCCCACAAGAAGCUUUUAACUGCCUUGCUUCCCUCAUUUCCCCCCUCUGCUGCCAUAGAUGUUGGCCACCAUCUCCGACUCUUUCCGUCGAAAGCCCCAUGGGAGUGCGUUUUAUGCAUUUAGAGGGUUCAAUUGAUGGGAGCGGUCGGACUGAAUCGCCGCCAUCAAUCCCAAUCUGAAUCGCGUAGGAGACAAGGGAGGGCAGAGGAAGAUAGCUGAGAUUUGGGCGUUUCGAUGUAGGAUAUGGUCGUGAUCCAGGCAGGGAUGAAGAAGAAGAAAAAAUGAAAUUUUAUAAUAUCCUCUAUUACUUUGGCAACAAAACAAAAAAAAAAUCACUGCUCUCUAUCAACUACACCAUUUUUACGACCCUAGUAGUUUUCUACCAUAACCAUCGAGCAAAGAGAAAAAAAGAGAACGAUAAAAGAUUAAAAGAACA